GUCCUCGUGAUUUCUCACAGACGCCCUGCGGUGCAGGAGGAUCUUGUCCGAGAUCAUUUCAUGGCACUUUUGGCUGUGAUUUUCGAGAUGAGCAUGUACGUCCUCUACCUCCGUUCCAGCCCCGCUCGCUUUGCAGCUUUGCUCAUCGACCCGAAAGGUGAUCUUCAAACGGCUAAAUUGCAAGAUGAGCUCAUGAAAGACAUGAAAAAGGAGUGGGAGACAAUCGUACGGAUGGAGAACACGGAGAGCUCCAACCAGCUGCUUCAGCAGAGGUGCUCUUUCACGCGAUGGGUGUGCUACCGGGAGCCGAUGACAUGCUUGGAGCUGGAGAGAUGGUCCAUGACGGACAAGGCCAAGGCUCUCCUGUUGAGUUGGCACCCCGGCCUGGCUUUCAGUGCCAAUGUGGAGCAGGUUUUUGCUGCAGUGGAAGAUAGCAGCAGACGUGCGGUCAAGAAUGUCAAGGCGAGCAUGGCCAACUUGCAAUGCCUUUCCAUACGUGCUGUGGAGCAAAAGGUGACUGCGAGUGACACGCAAGAGGAGGCAGGCAACACGGACCGGGCUCGGGCCAUCAAGCUGGGUGUGGAGGACUUCGAGGGCAACGAGGUCCGCUAUCGUAACCUAGGCGACCACUUCAGCCUGGACAACAUCCUGAAAGGGUACCAGUCUACAUCCUCCUAUCACCACAACAAAGUGGAGCUGAAUUGGCUCAAGGGCCUGUCGGGCCUGGAUCCUGAGGAGUCAAGCUCAAGGUUUUGGGUUCCGAGCUUGUGCCAGCCCGGCAUGCUGCUACGAGUUGCUGACAAGUUCUACGUGGUCUUGGGGUCAACACCGGCAGUCUUGUAUGCACUCCAGAUGGAUGAGAUUGGCCUGAUGUUCAAGGGCCGCCUUCCGGUCUAUGAGGACUGUCUUGCAGAGCAAGAGCAGGUGAAGGCUCUUGCUUUCCGGCUUGAAAAGCCGAUGGUCAAGGAGCUGCUGCUGCAGACGCCAGUUGAAGUUUUCAGUUACACGAUCCAUUUCGUCGGCCCUCGCCUCUGCGACAAACUUGGAUGUGCUGCUGUGCUUCGGAGAUGCGAAGCCGGGCAGAAGCUGCUUGUUUGGAUGAUCCGCAGCAAGGACAUCGUCAAGGUGACUUCGGAGAGUUUGUCUCAAUGGGCUGCCCAAUACAGUCUUCAAAUUCGGCGAAACAGCACCAAGAGUGCAAAGAUCCGUGCCCUCUGCCAGCUCCCAGAUGUCACCGCAGCAUGCACACCGGCCGAGCUCAAGGCUUUGGAUGAUUUGUUGAAUGAGAUAGAUGAAAAGCGCAGGAAGCGCACAAAGGCCAGCGAGGCCGAAAAUCAGGAGGAGGACGAGGAGGAUGAUGCCGAUGCCGAAGGCAUGAAGCCUGAUGAAGCAGCUGCUGCUGCAGCUGCUGUUCCGGUUCCGGCAGAAGAGCCUGCAGCAGAAGCUCCCGAGGCAGACGAGAGAAAGCGAGCUUCGCGGCGGUUGCUGAGCUCUUGCCAAGCCGUGCCCGGUUUCUUGACGGAGAAGUUCAAGAUGAGAGAUGAUGUGGUCGUCUCGCAUGUGGAGCACCGGUCGAAUGUCCUGCCCCACUUCCAGGUUCGGCUUCCAGGUGACGAGAAGUACGAAGGAAA